UCAGCCUCAGCCUCAGCCUCAGCCUCAGCCUCAAAUGGGUGGAUGUGGUUGAGCUAUCAGAGACAAAUAGCAGCAAGAGAAACCAGACUGUCACUGUAUUCUGUGUAAUGGUUUAAAGAUGAGUUCAAUGGCUCAAAGUGUAUUGAUGGCACUCACUGUUACUGUGAACCAAUUUGCUUCCUCAAAUCUGCAUGCAGUACAAAGAAGAGAGGCUAAACGACCAAAUCCAGCUUCAGUGGCAGCGUCAAAUACUGAGUCAGGAAGAAGAGGAGUCAUCUUAUCUUCUGUUGCAGCUGUUCUUCCAGUCACUGACUCCAGGACUCAGCUACUUGAAAAGUAUCUCAAGAAAUCCCAAGAAAACAAGGCCAAAAAUGACAAGGAGAGAAUGGACAACUAUUACAAGCGCAAUUACAAGGAUUACUUUGAAUUUGUAGAAGGUUCUUUACAAGGGAAGGAUGAACAGCAACUAACAGAAUCAGAGAAGGGUAUUCUUGAUUGGCUUAAGAACAACAGAUAACAGACUUCUCUCCCUCUGUCUUCUACAAAUAAUUGCUGCCACUCAUGGAUUGCAUGCCAGAUUGGGAUAUAUCAACACAGGAGAAUCAGACUGGGAAACAUGUAGUUAAUGAAUUAAGCGCUUUAAUGCACUAUGUCUUUCCAAUUUGGGUUGUAAGUUCAUAUGAAAGAUCCAGUGAAUACCAAUGCCAGAAUGUUUUGGAAUCCAUCUUUUGUUUUUUGGGUUAUUGAAAAAUCAGUUUUCAUCCCCUCA